AUGUAUCAAGACCACCCUCGCUGUGUGAUUGACAGGCCUGCCUACUCCCUCCCUAAUUUUGAUGAGGAGUUUGACAAGAAGAGCCGGAGUUUCCCAGUUGGAGAGAAAGUCAAGAAACUCUUCCGGUGUUCUAGGGCCCGUGUGAAGUCACUGCUGUUCAGACACCUGCCUGUGCUGAGCUGGCUGCCCAAGUACAAGGUGAAGAAGAACCUGCUGUGUGAUGUCAUCAGUGGGGUCAGUGCAGGCACCAUCCAGGUCCCCCAGGGCAUGGCCUUUGCCCUGUUGGCCAACCUACCACCAGUCAAUGGGCUCUACUCCUCUUUCUUCCCCCUCAUACCCUACUUCUUCAUGGGCACAGCCCACCAGAUGGUACCUGGCACCUUUGCUGUGCUCAGCAUCAUGGUGGGCAUGGUGUGUCUGAAUCUGGCACCUGCCUCCGACUUCAGCCACUACAACGCCACGCUCAAUGCCACUGUGGUAGACGAGGAGAGGAUGGGCCAGGUCCGGCUAGCCAUCUCUGGAACUCUGGCCUGCCUGACUGCUGUCAUACAGAUUGGCCUGGGCCUGAUGCAGUUUGGCUUCGUGGCCAUUUACCUGUCCGAGUCCUUCGUCAGGGGCUUCAUGACAGCCGCUGGGCUGCAGAUCCUCAUCUCAGUGCUGAAGUACAUCUUUGGAAUCAGAGUGCCACCUUACAGCGGACCCCUGGCCGUCAUCUACACCCUGGUGGACAUUUUCACCGGGCUGCCUCGUACCAAUGUGGCAUCGCUGAUCUUUGCCCUAGUCAGCAGCGUCGUUCUCAUCGUGGUGAAGGAGCUGAGUGCACGCUACCGCCACAAGCUGCCUUUCCCCAUCCCCAUGGAGAUCAUCAUUGUUGUGGUGGCCACAGCUGUGUCCGGGCCCCUGGAUAUGCCCAAAACCUACCACAUGGAUAUCGUCGGGGAGAUUCCCCUCGGAUUCCCGACCCCCAUCAUUCCAACGGUGAGCCAAUGGGAGGACAUGCUCAGCACGGCUUUUUCCCUGGCAAUUGUGGGCUAUGUCAUCAACCUGGCCAUGGGCAGGACGCUGGCAGCCAAGCACGGCUACGAUGUGGAUCCCAAUCAGGAGAUGCUGGCCCUGGGCUGCAGCAACUUCCUGGGGUCCUUCUUCAAGAUCCAUGUCAUCUGUUGUGCCUUGUCUGUCACCUUGGCUGUGGACAGUGCGGGGGGCACCUCUCAGUUUGCCAGUCUGUGUGUGAUGCUGGUGGUGAUGGUCACAAUGCUGGCUUUAGGAGCUUUCCUCAAACCGCUACCCAAGUCUGUGCUCGGAGCCCUCAUAGCGGUCAAUCUGAAGAACACCCUGCUGCAGCUCUCUGACCCCUACUACCUGUGGAAGAAAAAUAAACUGGACUGUUGCGUGUGGGUGGUGUCCUUCCUGGCCACCUUCUUCCUCAGCCUACCCUACGGAGUGGCGAUCGGGGUGGGCUUCUCCGUCCUUGUGGUCAUUUUCCAGACGCAGUUUCGCAAUGGCUCAGAGGUGGGACAGAUCAUGGACACAGAUCUCUACAGAAACCCCAAGGUGUACAGUAAGGUGAAGUUAGUUGAGGGUGUGAAAAUUGUCAACUACUGCUCCCCCAUCUACUUCGCCAACGCAGAGAUUUUCCGCCGAAAAGUCAUCAAAAAGACCGGGCUGGACCCGGGAAAACUGGUGCUGGCCAGGAAGAAGUUUCUGAAGAAAGAACAGAAGGAGAAAGAGGUGAAGGAGAGCAAAGAGACCAACAAGACUAAGAGGAGGAAGAUCAGUGUUGCACCCCGUCUCUGGAGUACGUCACAGCUGGAGCUACAGAAUGACUUCGAUAUCAGUGGCGGGAGCGCAACCGACAAGGUCGAACCGCCCACCUCCUACAUCAACUUCCACUGCGACGUCUUGGACCUGGGUGAGAAAGAGCCAGGCCAGGACCUGCCCGGUGCCCAGCCCGUUGCUGUGGUGCCCCGGCCUCCACCCUUCCACACCCUCAUCCUGGACCUGGCUGGGGUCUGCUUCAUUGACCUCAUGGGUAUCAAAGUGCUGACCAAGAUGAGCUCUAGCUAUGAGAUGCUGGGGAUCAGUCUGUACCUGGCUAACGUUCAAGCCCAGGUGUACGAGGAGCUGGAGAUGGGAGGGGUGUUUAAUGAAGGCAGCAUCGCCCGCGGUCACCUCUUCGUCUCCGUCCACGACGCCAUCCUCUUUGCCCAGGAGAGAGCGAGGGACCCCGGGGACGCUGACAAGGCAGGGCAGAGAGAGAGGCGAGAGCUGGCCUUUGACAUCCAGGAGGAGGAGAAGGAUCUGGAGCAGGUGUGCGUCCAGAGAAAGUACUGGCUGGUGUGUAUUGUGGGCAGCUGGGAACAGUAUUACUUUGGCAUCGCAUGCUUCACCCCAGACAAAGCUGACCCCUUCCUCUGCACCCACAUAAUCUAUGCCUUCGCUGACAUGAAUGACAGCUCUGACAUCAUACCUCAGUUGCAAGAGGACAAGACCCACUAUGUGUCCCUCAAAGUGCUCAAGAAGAGGUACAUGGACUUCAUCACCUUGAGGAUCUAUGACCCCCACAGGCCGUGGCAGGGGGUGAAAGGACACAUCAGUCCCCUAUUUACCCAGAGGUGUCACCUACUGGACCGGCACCUGAACAUAGGCAAAUUUUCCCUCCUCCACCUGCUCAAGGCCUCCCUGCUAUCCCAGGACAUAGCCCCACGACUUCAUAGCCACCAUGGCUACCAGCGCCAUGGCAACAAACCCACCGCACACUGCUGA